AUGGGGUUCGUGAAGGAGUUUGCGGAGAAUCUGAUCCUGAGGUUGAUGGAGGAUCCUCAAGAGAGGGACAAGAGGUUCAGGGAACAUGUGUACUCGAUGAAGGAUCGGUGCAAGAAGACGAAGGAGAUGUGGAGCUUGCCUCUCCGCCCUUAUGGGUUCUGGACUUUCGAUCGCCACAAUGCGCAGCUAUUUUGGGAUCCUCAGAUCAGCCAGGUCCAAGGCCGGAGGGACCCUUAUGAUGAUGUUCUUCGCACACUCAACGGUCAUCCUCCUCCCAAGUGA